AUGCACCACAUGUACAUCGAUAUUUUCGUGUUAGAGCUGGUUUGUGGAGGGUCGCUCUUCAUCAAUCAUUUGAAGAACGCUAUUGGCGGCACCUACGAUCUCUUGACACGAACCUCUCUCCUCAGUCCCCCGAGCCAUACGGAGACCACAAUGGAACGGUACGACUGCAUCAGCUGCGCGAAUACCAAAUUCGGUCGUCCCUACACCAUCGCCAACGACAGAGUCUGCGGCGACUGCCUCGUCCACAUUUUCGACGAGGCCGUCGAACAGGAAGCACGUUUUCCGCCAAAAUGGGGCGAUACCGAGCUCGAUCCUGAGAAGUUCCCCAACGUGCUCAAUCCUCGGUAUAUGCAACGCUAUACCCAGCGCAAGGAAGAAUGGAGCAUCGAAGCGCGGGAUCGUAUAUACUGCAACGCCCGAGGAGCGGCAGGAACCUGUGGCACCUUCCUAGGCAACAGAUCGGCGCAGUUGACACUAGUGCGGUGUACGAAGUGUCAGGCCUGGACGUGUCGACAUUGCCGUGAACUUGUUGCUAGUGGACGUAAUGCCAAUCAUCACUGCGACCCGAACGUUGAGCGGCGGGAGCGAGCGCGAGCUUUCGAAGGCCUUGAGAAGGGGAAGGACUAUCAAAAGUGCCCGCGCUGCGGACAAGAGUGGGCCCUUCAUGAUGGAUGUAAUCACAUGCAGUGUGACGACGACGCAUGCAAGGCGUGGUUUUGCUACCUUUGUGGGGUCGAAUGCGACGAGACCUACGACCACUUCAGUAACAGGCCUGGCGAUGGGAAAUGUCAGGUAUUUCCAGCGAACGGUGCCAACCAGGAGAACGGGGCACCACGGCCGAACCAUGAGUUGAUGGCUGAUCUGCAGGGUUUUUUCGGACCGGGAGGCCACAUCAGGCCUGAAUUGCUGCAGCGUCAAGAAGAUCUGAUGAGAGACUUUGUCGGCGCAGGACCUGCUCGUCAAUUUGGACAGGCUCCUGCUCCUUGGCGAGACCAAGCUCCACACGCUGGACUUCAAAAUCCCUUUGCUGCUCUCGAAGGGGGCGCACAGAAUCAGGGGCCAGACCAGGAAGGCGGAGGUGGACAGGCGCUUGUACUAUACCAAGGCAAUAGGCAAGACCAGGCGGCUGAUCGAAGGCCUGUGCCACCAGCGGGAGGUGCUGUGCCGUUAGACGAUCGACUAGCUGAUGUCCUUGAUAGACUUGAGGCGGCCGCCCUCAGGACAUCGGCGUUACUCGAGUUCUACCAUGGCGGUUACGAGGAGCAGUAUUUGAUCCAAGCACGAAUUUUGCGGGCCCAAGUGCAAGAAGGACGAAGGCUCGCACAGCAAUCAGUUGAAGCACAGGCGGAGCAGCUGGACGGGGCCACGCGUCAGUAUCAACAUCUGGCCGAUCUAGCAGCUCAGGGAAGCGAAUUGCUUCAGGUCGCUCUCUCACUGCCUCUCUGGAAUCGAUGGAUCGUCGGUAAUAUGCACGAUCCUAGGCUGAAGAACAUCUCUGACGUGGCCGAUGCCGCACGUCCUGGAGGCCUGUUCGAGCAGCACCCUGAAAUCGGGGAACAACACCUCCCUGGCGAGCUCAGAGGACUUCUUGGCCAAGCUUAUGGCGCUGGACAUGGCCCACAAGCAGGAUUCGCACCUGCCCAACAGCCUGAAGGCCAGUUUGACCAAAGAAACUUGUUCUUUCAGCAAGCUGCGCUAAACUUUGGUCAAUAG